AUGGCGAAUAUAAGCAGUGUGACUGAAUUUGUCCUCUUGGGCCUCUCCCAGAAUCAGAAGCUGCAGAAAAUGUGUUUUGUGCUGUUUUUAUGCUUCUAUAUAAGCAUUGUUCUUGGAAACCUCCUCAUUGUUCUCACUAUAGUUAGCAGUCAGCAUCUGAACUCACCCAUGUAUUUCUUCCUGAGUUACCUAUCCUUUGUAGACAUCUGCUACUCUUCUGUCACAGCCCCUAAAGUGAUUGCAGACUUCCUCACUGAGAAAAAAAUAAUCUCCUUCAUUGGCUGCAUAGCACAGCUGUUCGGAGUCCAUUUCUUUGGUUGCACUGAGAUCUUCAUCCUCACAGUGAUGGCCUACGAUCGCUACAUUGCAAUCUGCAAACCCCUCCACUACACAACCAUCAUGACCAGGCGUGUAUGUGGCCAGAUGGUGGUGGCCUCAUGGGUAGGGGGCUUUGUGCAUUCCAUGGUACAGACUCUUAUAACCACCCAGUUACCCUUCUGUGGGCCCAAUGAGAUUGACCAUUAUUUCUGUGAUGUUCACCCUUUGCUACAACUGGCUUGUGCCGACACCUAUGUUGUCGGCAUCAUAGUUGUUGCUAAUAGUGGGAUGAUUGCUUUGGGUUGUUUCCUUCUCUUGGUUAUAUCCUACAUUGUGAUUUUAAUCUCCUUAAGGACACAUUCUUCUGAAGGGCGUCGUAAAGCUCUCUCCACCUGUGGCUCCCAUAUUGCUGUAGUGAUUUUAUUUUUUGGGCCUUGCACGUUCACCUACAUCCGACCUUCUAGCCACUUAUCAGAGGACAAGAUGGUUGCUGUGUUCUACACCGUUAUCACCCCCAUGCUGAAUCCGCUGAUCUACACACUAAGAAAUGAGGAGGUGAAAAGUGCCAUGAGAAAAUUAUGGAGCAGAAAAGUGAUGUCAGAUGGGAAAUCAAUAGGGUGA